GCACAGCGGUCCGGGAAGCGGUGCCUGCGGGGGCUGCGGUGGGCGCCGGGGGCUGCUCAGCCUGGACGUGGGCUGAGGCUUCCGGGGAGGGGCCUCAGGCCACCAUGAACAGCGAGGGCCACUACACCUUCAGGCGGGUGGCAAUCCGGCGGAAGUCAGGCGCCUACCUGCCUCCCGGGAUCCCGCGGCCCUGGAGCAGGCCUCUGCCGCACUGGCGGAGCGCUGAGUGCGUCGCCGUCUCAGGCCAGGCCGCAGGUAUCAAUACCUGUCCAAAGGCCAGUCCACCUCAUACAAUAAGCAACACAACCACAGAGGCUCAGGGAAUAAAUGGGAGGACACCAGCAAAACGCUCAGCUGCAAGUCCAAAGCCAAAAGUGCCUCCAAAGCCAUUAUACCUACAGAAUUUACCUUCAUCCCACACACCCCAAGUCCCCAGGCAUAAAACUUUUCCGAGUGCAAAACCAAGGAUGGAGGAAGCUAAUCUGACCCCUACUUCAUGUGCCUCAAAAGGAAAGCCUGGUAAGGUGUCAGAUCUCAUCAGCCACUUUGAAGGAGGCAGUGUUUUGUCAAGUUACAUUGAUUUGAAAAAAGAUUCUACAGUGACCCUAACUAUUCCUCAAAGUGCAGGACAGCAUGGAUUAACCUCCACACUUCCACGGAAAUUCCUAACCCAGCACUCUCCACAGAAGCAGGAAAAUGAUACAGAUGAGACUCAAGGCCAACAGGGUUGUUCAGCCAACAGUGUGGUGGCAGCACAAAACCAGAUGGAGUGUGAAGAUGAGAAAGAAACUGCAUGUAGCCCAGAGACUUCUAUUCAAACUGCUGUGGCCUCUUUCGAUACACACUUAGUGAAUGGAGAAAGAAAUGAAACUACUGCAGAUUCUGUAUCAUCCAUAACCAAUAGCCAUGAUGAAGAUGCCUCUGACAGCAGGACUCCAGGUGCUGACUUAGGGCUGCCCCCAAAAGGAGGAGGGCCAGGAAAGGAAGCUGAGCUACUAGUGAAGGAAAAUGGAGUGAGCACCAUGGACCUGGAUAGGACAGACCAGCACCAUGAAAUAAAGGAGACUAAUGAGCAGAAACUUCACAAAAUAGCCAAUGAACUUUUGCUUACAGAAAGAGCUUAUGUCAGCCGGCUCAACCUCUUAGACCAGGUAUUUUAUUGCAAACUAUUAGAAGAAGCAAACCGAGGCUCAUUUCCUGCAGAGAUGGUGAAUAAAAUCUUUUCUAACAUUUCAUCAAUAAAUGCCUUCCACAGUAAAUUCCUAUUACCAGAGCUGGAAAAGCGAAUGCAUGAAUGGGAAACUACCCCCAGAAUUGGAGAUAUCCUACAAAAGUUGGCGCCAUUCCUGAAGAUGUAUGGAGAAUAUGUAAAAGGAUUUGAUAAUGCAGUGGAACUUGUUAAAACCAUGACAGAGCGUGUUCCCCAGUUCAAAUCAGUGACUGAAGAGAUUCAGAAACAGAAGAUCUGUGGAAACCUAACCUUGCAGCAUCACAUGCUGGAGCCUAUUCAGCGGAUCCCGCGCUAUGAGAUGCUCCUCAAGGACUACCUGAAGAAGCUGUCCCCUGACUCCCCAGACUGGAAUGAUGCAAAAAAGUCACUUGAAAUUAUAUCUACAGCAGCAAGCCAUUCUAAUAGUGCAAUAAGGAAAAUGGAGAACCUGAAGAAACUCUUGGAGAUUUAUGAGAUGUUGGGAGAAGAAGAAGAUAUUGUAAAUCCCUCAAAUGAACUAAUAAAAGAAGGACAAAUCCUCAAACUAGCAGCUCGGAACACAUCAGCACAAGAGCGCUAUCUCUUCUUAUUCAACAACAUGUUGCUAUAUUGUGUGCCCAGAUUCAGCUUGGUGGGCUCAAAAUUCACUGUUCGAACCAGAGUUGGCAUUGAUGGUAUGAAAAUUGUGGAGACUCACAAUGAAGAAUAUCCACACACUUUCCAGGUGUCUGGGAAAGAACGAACUCUGGAGCUGCAGGCCAGUUCUGAACAUGACAAAGAAGAAUGGAUCAAGGCCCUUCAAGAGAGUAUUGAUGCUUUUCAUCAAAGGCAUGAAACCUUCAGAACUGCAAUUGCAAAGGAUAAUGAUAUCCACCUAGACGUGUCUACUGCUGAGCUAGGAAAAAGAGCCCCAAGAUGGAUACGUGAUAACGAAGUGACGAUGUGCAUGAAGUGCAAAGAGCCCUUCAAUGCGCUCACAAGAAGGCGGCAUCACUGCCGGGCAUGUGGACAUGUUGUCUGUUGGAAGUGUUCUGACUACAAAGCACAACUUGAGUAUGAUGGCGGAAGGUUGAACAAAGUCUGUAAAGACUGUUACCAAAUAAUAAGUGGAUUCACAGACAGUGAAGAGAAGAAAAGAAAGGGGAUUUUGGAGAUUGAAUCAGCAGAAGUAUCAGGAAAUAGUGAGGUGUGCAGUUUUCUCCAGUACAUGGAGAAGUCAAAACCAUGGCAAAAAAUAUGGUGUGUGAUCCCAAAGCAAGACCCCCUUGUGCUGUACAUGUAUGGUGCUCCUCAGGACGUCAGAGCCCAGGCUACCAUACCGCUCCUGGGCUACAUUGUGGACGACAUGCCAAAGAGUGCAGAUCUACCACACAGUUUCAAACUGACCCAGUCCAAGUCUGUGCACAGCUUUGCUGCAGACAAUGAGGAACUGAAACAGAAAUGGCUGAAAAUCAUCCUUCUAGCUGUCACAGGUGAGACACCAGAUGGCCCAAGUGAGCAUCUAGACACCUUGAAUAAUCUCCCUGGACCAAAGAAAAAGUCAGAAUGCUAAACUCUAACAGCUGCCAGUGGGGAUCUCAAGACAAAUAGCUCAAGACAUCCCAACUCUCCUUCCUUAUCUCUUAGCACUUUACAUUGAGAAAUAUGAUUUUAUAAAUUCAUCUUUGGGGGACUUUUUAAAUAUGUUUGUAUACUCUUAGUAAAGUUAAUGUGCAGAGCCAUUCUUCUAUUGAAGUUCUGAAAUAAUGUGGAAAUUGGAACACUUUUGAUAAGCUAUUCCUUAACUGUGUACGUUGACCUUGGGGUGGGAGCAGGGGAACCAUUGUCAAUUGAGUGUAUCACAACUACCUGGUCAUAAUGGGCUUUCAGUUAAGAAAUCCUGCAAUGUCUUAUUCAUGUGUAGGACUUGUAACAGUGAGAAAGAUAUACCUCCAUGUAACCAAAACAGAUCUAUGGUAAAAAAGUACAGGGACAGUUUAGAGUAUUGUAUGAACUUGUCUAGAUUGUAAGUCUCAUGCUACAUGGUUUCUGUUCUUAUACAACACAAAAAAGUAUAGGUUGCUGAUGUUUAUACUUUUUAACUUAAUACUUGUUUUUGUAGGCUUACUCCUAAUAAUGAAAUAGCUAAAUUGUAUGUAGUAUUCAAAAUAAGUAUGAACAUGUGAGCUUUUCUUUUCAGCUUUAGUUUCAUUUUCACUCUGGUUCCUUUUUUCAAUAUAAAACCUAUUUUAUCUCUGAACUCAGCACUGUUCUAAACUUAAGAAAAAUUUUUGGUAAUUUAUGUUGAACUGAUUGGAAUUCAAAUGCAUUGAUAUUUUUAUAGUUAAAAAAAAAAAAGCAGUAAUAUGUGUGGUGUGGGAUUUGUUUGAACUCCAGCAGUAUUGGUUUUGUUGUUGUUGUUCUGUACCUGUUUAAAACAGUGCCUCUCUUAGAAGGUGCUAUAAAUACUUAGAAAAAAGAUGAGGGUUUAGUUAAUGUUAACUAAACAUUAUUAUUUUACCUACUCUAAUUAUUCUCAAUUUAAGUGCACUUUGGUCACUGAGAUUUAAAAAAAACAUUGUAUGGAUUAUUUUACACUUUACAAUAGUAAUUUAAUGUCAGCAUGUACAAAAAUUUUUACUAAAACUUGAACUGUGUAAGACAUCUAACUGUAUACAGACCUGGUAUGUGUGGGAAACAUUUUUUAAUGUUUAAUGUUUUUCUUUCCAUAAGAUUAUUAUGAAUGGUUAACUAAGAACUACAUAUAAUGAACACUUAAGAUAACUGUAUGAGCUUUCCUUUUGUUGGUGCCAACUUACUUGGGAGGAGGAGUCACUGAAUAGGUAGCAGAGGGAAUUUCCGUGGAAUCAUUUGCUAGGAAAGACUGAAGUCAGUACUGCACACUCAACCACGGCAGCUUCACAGGACAUGUGAAGCGCUGAAGAAAGCAGAGAAUAAUUCCCCUUUUUUUUGCCCCCAUGGAAUCUCAGAUGAACUGUGGCUCUCUAUUAUAAAACCUGCUCUUCAUUAGUUUGUGACUAAAAUCUCAGAUUGAAUUGACAAUUUAACUUUCAAUACUUUCUCAGAGGGUUUUUUCUCACUUUCCUGUACUCUAAACAUUACCACUUUAACUGUACUAUUUAUUAGGAAUCCAUCAGAAUGUCUCCACUACACACAAUCUUUAAGAGUCAGAAGUUGAAACCACCACACAUUUAUACAGCUCAUGCUGCAUUAAAAAAAAAAAUAAAAAUAAAAGUCUCUUGUUUUUUUUUCUACUCCAAAAGAGCAAGGGAACCAAUUAGGUUAGGUUCACUUUGUCUAUGAAAUACCAGACAUGAUCAUUAACAUUAAACCAUCUAUUCAGAGCCCCUAAUGGGAGAAACAAAAAGGCAACUUCUUAUUCCCUACUAAAUGAGGGCCAAAUAAAAAGAAAUUGCACAUUGUUUCUUUUUUCUAGUUGUCAAUAUUGAUGCUGCAUUUAGGUGGUAGAAAAAAGAGAUAGGUGUACAGUGUACCUGUUGACAAAAUUAAACAAUAGCUAGACAUGUUACUUUACUUUUCAUAUCUCAAGAAAAGAGAAGCAGUAAAACUUUAGAGUGACUAUCAGAAUAAAGAUUACUUUUGUAAAUAUGAAUAGAAUAAAUGAAUGGGAUAUCCCACUUAAAAGAUUUAUGUGAGAUUAUUUAAAAAAAUAUUUGAUCAGUAUGAAGACUACAUAUUUGCCUACCAGUAAAUUCUUGAUUAUAAGUAAUGUGGAUAGAUACUCAAUGCUGUUUAACUUAGAUUAUUGAAGGAAUACUCAUAAAAGGGUGUGAGCAUGCUCUUAUGGUUCGUUAAAUAAGGGAUGUCAGUGCCAGAGAGGAUCUGUGGCCAUUCCAGCCAUCUUCACUGCCCUCCCCAUAAUCUCAGCCAAGCCUAGUGAGUGGCUGUCCCCAUCUCUCUCUCUCUCUCUCUCUCUCUCUCUCUCUCUCUCUCUCUCUCUCUCUCUCUCUCAAAAGAAUCACUAAUACUUUCAGUAGAAGAAAAGCAAUAGAAUAAUAUUAAUUACUUAUUAAAAACUCAACUCUGUGGCUAAGGAGACUAAGGAGACUUCUAUGCAAGGGUGAGAAUCAGUUCAGUCAGAUCUCCAGACCCACACAAAGGCAAGGUAAGCAUGAUCCAGCACAGCAGAGGCAGGGGCAGGAAACAUUGGUGCAAAUUUACUAGCAGACAGCCAAAACAGCAAGUAUAGGUACAACAAGGAAGCUUGUCUCAGUGAGUGAGAUAGACAGGUGCCAGGGAAGCCACCUGGCAUGAAACUCAAAUUUCUGUACAUAUGCACAUAUUCAAAAAAUUAACUCAAAUAAACUCUAAUCCAAGAAGUUAUUCUUUUGGAGAUAAGUUAGGUUUUGUGAUAAACUGAGCCUGAAAAUAGCAGAUGUUUUCCUAUUCAAAUAAAUGUUCUCUAUGUUUCUUAAUGUGUUGCUUUUUCUGAUUCAGUGCUUUCAAAAGUCAUCUUCAAGAAAAGUGCCCUUCUUUGAAACUAUUUAUUUGGUAAAACUGUUACUCAUUCAAAGCACUCAGAUUUUCAACUUACAUGUUGCAUUUGUUGAAAGACUACCAUUUUGUAAAUGUGAGAUGGGGUACACAUUUUUAUCUUGAGUUUUACAUGGAGCUCAAUAAAGAAAAAUGCCACUAGCCUCUUUUAUAAUAAUGCCAGGCAAUAAAACUCUCCAGGUGUGAGUGAGUUCAAGGCCCUCAGACACAUCAUAUAGAGAACCAACUUCCUAGAAGCAAUAUGGUGAUUGAAAUUGCUGAGCACAAGGAACGGAAUGGGACACAUUGUUCCAUGGCUGCAGAUGCUAUCAACUGGGUUUAAGUUUUAUAAAGGAUAUGUGUAGUGAAACAGUUCGUUUCUUCUGGGCUGUUUUAUCAGCUCUGUUGGGUUUUCUGUGGCUUCAGUUCAACAUAAAGACUGCCCUGGUAUCUUCACUGGGUGACUUACACCAAUUUUUUUUUUAAAUUAUAAGAAUUGACCUUAUAAAUGUUUCUUACAGAAUUUUCUAAACUAAGUAUUUGUUGCAGUCACAACUGUUUUAAAAACAACUGUAAAUUCCAUUGUACUCCAGGGUCAUUAAAAAGUCAUUAUUAUCUUCUAAAACCUUUUCCCAAAAUUACUUCUUGAAUUCAUGAUUCUGUUUUCUUUCUCCUCUUUGUUGGGAUAGAAGUGCUUUCUCUCCUUCAGUUAUUUUCGGAUGACAUUUGUUUAUCUCCCAAGUUUAAGUUGUUCAGAACAUUUUGGCUGCAAUGCAUUGUUAAUCGUGAGCUCUCUGCAGUGUGUUGUCAUAGCAAAUGAUCAUGAAUAAGAGCAGAUGAAUGUCUAGGAAGCUGGGGCUGGAGAGGUGGCUCCGUGGCUAAGAGUACUGGCUGCUCUUCUAGAGGUCUUGAGUUCAAUUCCCAGCAACCACAUGGUGGCUCACAACCAUUUAUAAUGAGAUCUGGUGCCCUCUUCUGGCAUAAAGGCGUACAUGGAGGCAGAGCAUUGUAUACAUAAUAAAUAAGUUUAAAAAAAAAAAAGAAAGAAAGAAAAAUGCCUAGGAAGCACAGGUCUUACUUGGCAAUUAUCUCUGCUUUAUAUAGAGUAGAAGGGAACUUUACUUUCCUAUGUCACAUGAUGUUCAUCUUACUAGAUCUAAGAUAAUGGUAUUUAUAAUCUAAAAUUAGAAAAAGAGGAAUAUAUUAGUGUUUUCAUUUUUUAGUGUAACUUCUUCAUUCUUAGUUUCAUUAGAAUCAAAUUACUUUUUUUCAUAUAACACUUAAACUAUAGGUUCCCUAGAUUUUUUUUUUAGAGUAUUACACCACUAGAUCUAUCUAAAAGCCCUGUCUGUGACUUUAUAUGCAUAUGUAUGAAUGUAGAAAUUUAAUCUUCAGUUCUCACCAAAGGAGCAAAAUGUUAUGUAAAUUUUAAUUUAAGUAUUUUAACAAAAACUAUGAGCAUGUAUUUAAUGUUAUAAUUCAUCUUUACCCAUGCCCCUCAAUCUUGCUAGGUUACAGAAAGAGACAAUGUUGCUUUUGUUACAAGUGUAUAGGGAGGAAUGAGGUUGGCAAUGAAAAAAACACAGAAUAAAUGGAGAUGACUAAAUGGACUACUGGUGUCCAGGGAAGAGCAACAUAUGAAAACACUGAACUGCAAAGGAAAUCAAGUAGAAGAUAGCCAGGUACUUGUUUGUUGAUAAAAUCCUUGUACCCAGGUUUUGACCUUAGCCUCUAAAUUAUAGAUGCCUCUAUCAUAUUAUUACUUUAUUUUUUCCUUUAAGCUUUAAAAAAAAUUUUCAUUCUGUAAGUGAUCUUCUGCUAGUUUUGGCUCAAAAUUCAACUUUCUAAGCUAAGGGCAUGGCCAAAUGCUGUGUCUUUUCUGUAUUUCAAGAUAAAAUAACACAUGGCUUCUACAUGAUGGUUAAUUUGUUGGGAGAGAUCACUGAAAGUCACAUGAAGGUUAUCCUUUGUCCUAAAAUUCAUUGUGGUCAACUUAAUAAAAUAUUAAGUCAUAUUUUAGUAUAUUUUAAAAAGUGAAUACUAAAUGCAAAGUAAAGACAAUUUUGGGAACAAGCAGGCCAUAGAGCCCAUUGUGAUAACAGAAUUGUGUUGUGUAUUAUGGUAUAUGGGAACUCAAAUAUAUCAUAAGUACCAUUAGCAUAUAAUCAUUCACUGUAGAACCAAACUGGUAUUUCAUCUUUUAAGAGAUAAUUAACUAUUAUUAAAAAAAUAAAUAUUAUCUUGAUUUUUCUUUUGACUUGUUGGCUGAGUUUGAAAGGGCGUAUCAGAAUAAUAUAGUUGACUCUAAUGUGAAAAAAUAAGCACCCAAUUUUCUAGUGUAUGAAUGUAAAAUACUUGGACAUAGUGUAUAUAUAGUGUAACAUCUGUAUAUUUGAUCAUAAAGACAGAUAAUUGAAAACAUUGUAAAAUUAAGUCCUUCAAUUCUUGUUAAAUAUGAAACAUUUGUAUCAUGUAAAUAAAGACAUCCUUAAAUUGGU